UAUUGAUUUGGGAUGAAAUGUCGUUGCAACCUUUUGUUCAUUAUAAUAGGAAACAAGAUAAAGUAAUUGGAUUUGAAGACUGGGGGAUUCAAAGAACUAGAAAAUUUGCUGAUCAUGUUAUUGUAUUUUACAUUCGAUGUCUCGCAUCUGGUAAUCACAUGCCUCUUGGAUAUGGAUUUUGUCAAAGUGCAACUCGAACUGUUCAAUUACUAAACUGUAUAAAACAGUGGUUAAUAGUCCUCAUUAACUGUGGUUUUAAACCAAAGGCAACCGUGUGCGAUCAAGGAGGAACAAAUAUGGCAGCUGUUAAUAUGUUCAUAAAAGAGAGCAAUGAUGUACGACGUCGACAGAAUAAGAAUCCAAAAAAUACAUUUCUAUUCAAAAACCAUGAGAUCGUUCCUUUAUAUGAUUACGUACACCUACAAAAAGGUUUUGUAAAUACUUUGCUGGGAAAAAUGUACUUACCGCCGAGUGCUGCAAUGACAGGAAACAUAAUAUUAUUCUUUGAUAAGUUGUUCGAUUCCUUCAACCAAAAGAAAAAUAAAGAAUUUAACAGUAUUAUUAACUUAUCAAGCAAUCACAUUUCAUUUUGGCAAAACGCUGUUAAUCGAAUUUCCAAAAUGGAUUUUGUCGACAAUGAAAGCCAUAAAUAUGUAUGACAUAAUACCAAAUGUUUGAAGAAUUGGAUAUGGACAAUAAAAGGCGCAAAACUUUUGUGGGAAACACUGCAAACAUGUGGAUUUUCUUCGUU